UCAUCGUUUUGGCAUAUCAGAGAAGUAGAGAACACAAUAGAAAUCGGUGAAGUCCGACGGGGAAGAGAAAAUUGCGCCGCCUCGCGGAUUUGAGCAACGCUCGAUCUCUUUAGUGUUCGUCUUUUAGAUGUUGCAGGGUUCCUCUUUUACUUAAAAACGGACAAAAGCUAGAAGAAAAGACCCAACCCAAACCAAACCUUUAAAUACGAAUCAAGGUCGCAACUCUACCCUUCAGCAUCAGCGAUCCGCUGAGCAAUAAUGACUAACGCAAUAAAGAAACAAGAAAAAGCAGUAGGAAUGCAAGAAGAUGAAGACCCAUAUCAUAGGCUAAAAUUAAAGAAGAUUAUUGAUGCCGCGAUGAAAAAGUAUACAACCCUAUAUACCAACAAUACCGUCAGAUCUGGUCUCAAUAACCAUAUUGAGCAAUCCAUUUGUGAGAAACUCUCUGAUUGGCACACCCCUGAUCACCCCACCUAUGCUCUGAUGAUACGGAGGGCAAUUGAACAAUUGAAUGAGGAAAAGGGCUCAACUGAGGAAGCAAUAUCAAAGUUUAUCAAGGAAAAUGUUGAGGAUUUGCCACUGGCUCAUGCAAGUUUUUUGAUUCAUCAUUUGAACAAACUCAGUGAGAGUGGAGAGAUUGUUAAAGCUUAUGAAAACUGUUAUAUGCUUCCUGCUGAAAACACUAGUUCUCUUCUUAAAAGAGAGGAGGGGCAGGUCAAUGGAACUGAAGAUAGAAUCGAAUCAGUAGAAGAACAAAAGCCUGCAGAAAAGCAAAGUGAACAAGACCCACAGGUCAAUGGAACUGAAGAUCUAAUGCAAGCAGCAGAACAUUUUGAAGUGCUUGAGGAACAAAUAGAACAAGUCCAACAACUUAAAGUGAUUGUAAAACACAAUGAAGCAAAAGAACACAAAGUUGAAUUCAGUGAAGAAAAAAAUCAAGAACAAAAAGGCGACUCGAUUGACAAACCAUACCAAUCUCGAAAGCGGCAAAAUAAAGAGCAAGAUAAAGUGAGUUCACAACAUGGCCAAACACAAAGGCUUGUUAUUGUGGAAGAGCCAAGUGGAGCAGAAGAGAAAAAUAAAGCGAUUAGAGAUGAAAUUCAAGAAAAACGAGUGGAUGGUGCAAUUCUUGAUCGUUGUCUAACAAAGCAGCAGCAAAGUGAAGUGAUUGAAGAUCAGAAUCUGCCACACGAACACCAAAUUGAAGAUGUUAAAAAACAGAUUCAGUUACAAGAAGGCCAAAUUCUACUGAUUGAAAAGCUGAUUGAACUACAAGGGCAAAAGAAUGAAGUGAUUGAGAAACAAAUUAAUUCACAAACUGAAGUGAGGAGCAAGAUUAUUGGCUUUAGUGAUCUGCAGUUUUAUAAGAAGCCAGAGAAAGAUGAAGCUAUUGUGACAACCCAAAGUUCUUCUCUUACAAGCCAGAGAUUGGAAAAUGAUGGUUCAUUACUUCCAGUAAAGGAUAAGUGUAUAGAAUUGCUGCAGAGGACAAAGAAGAUUGAGGAAGAACUGAUGGAUAUUAUUAACUCCACAUGUACAGAGGAGGUGUCAAAGCAUGACACUCUAAAACCUUCUAUAGAAGAACAAGAGAAUAAAAAUCUAAAGAAGCCUGAGCAGAGGCAGCAAAUUGAGUUUUCUAAUCCCAGAAGGCUUAUAGACCAUGAAGUAGAAACGUUGCAGGAGUUAUUUCAUAAACGAAAAAAGCAAGUACAGCUUUGUGGUCAGCACGAGGUGCCAGGAUGCCUGCCAAAACCAACUGGAACCUCUGAUGUGCUAACAAAUUCAGGAGAGCUUGACGAUGAGCAACAGCAAGAGCAUGAGAAUUCAGAGAUCGGACUAGAAAUUGGUUUAAAGGAAAUGGAAACAAAAAAUGUUAGGCAAGAGGCAUCCAUAUCAAAAAAUUCUCUUAGCAUGGACUCAAGGCAGCUUGAGAUGACGCAACUGGACUUUGCUGAAGGCCAGCCAGAACUUUGCAGCGACCAGAAGCUAUUGGAAUCUUUGCCAGCUAUGAGUUCUCUUGAGGUACCCUCAGAGUCACAGGCACUUGAGUUGGAGAAGAAAUCACAGGCACUUGAGUUGGAGAAGAAAUCAGAGCUUCCAUAUUCAGAAAGUCCUCUACAGCUCAAAUUAUCAGGAGUGGAGCCAUCAGGUCAAAAGGAGGAGCAGCAGCAGCAGCAGCAGCAAGCUACUCUUUGUGGCAAGGCAAAGGCACAUGUAUACCAGAUUGAGCAAGAGCGGGAACUAGAAAAUCUAAUUCAAGAAAGGCCUCUAGAGCUUGAACUAACAAAACUCGAGCGAUCAUGUCAAAGGCAACAGCCAAGUCAGGGGCAACAGCAGUGGAGGAAACUACAGUCUCAGGCUCGAAGGGCAUUUGGUGAUCGUGUCGACGCAAACAUACCUGAGUGCCAGCUUGGGCAGGAGCAGCAACCACGGCGGCAACUACGGCCUCGAGAAAGGCUGUCGUCUGAACCUGUUUGUAUGGAGGCAACGGCUUGUGAAAGCCAGCAAGAGCUAGAUUCUCAGGGCCAGGGAAGGCAACUGCGCUCCCGAUCCCAUGGUGUUUGCCAACCUGAACUUGCUGUAAAAGAUACCACUAUGGACUUGUUUUCCUCAAAAAAUCAGCACGAGAAACAGCAGCAACUCAAGCUUAAAGGUCGAGGGAGGCCUUCAAAGUUAAAGCCAAAUUGGCAUAUGGCUAUCGCAGAAGUACUGCCAUCAGAUGGACAGCAUCAUCAUGAGCAACUGCUGCCAAAGCAUAGAGGCUGGGGGAGGCCUCCUAAAUCGAAGGAAGUUAUAGAUCCACCUGCAGCUCAUCAAAAUCCAAAUGAACACCAAAAAGCAGAAUGUGAAAGCCAGGGGAGGCAUCCCACACCCAAGACAAAGGCAGAUGAUCAGGAUCAUCAUGAGCAACAGUUGCCAAAGCAUCGAGGCCGGGGGAGACCGCCUAAAUCAAUGGGAGAUAUAGAUCCAACUACCAUGGUAUUGUUUCCCACAGCUCAUCAGAAUCAAAAUGAGCACCAAAAAGCAGUGUGUCAAAUCCACGGGAGGCAUUCUACACCCAAGGCAAAGGCAGAUACAAUUUUGCAAGAGUCAAGACCCUUGGAUCAUCAGAAUCGUAAUGAAUUGCAGCUGCAGCAGCCUGAUAAACGGGGUCAGGGCAGGCCUCCUAAACCAAAACCAGUUUUAGCUACAACCGUGGAGGCAUCACUGCCUUCACAGCAGCAGGAGCAACCACAACAUCGAGGACAGGGGAGGCCUCCUAAAAGGAAGUUGGGUACAGACAGCAUGAUGGAAGAGGCAUUGACCUCAGAAAGCCAACUGCAGCACCCGAAAUGCCGAAGGCGGGGAAGGCCUCCAAAAGUGGACCAAAGAAACCUGAAGACGGUGACAAUAGUAACUUAAAUGUGUUUCUAGUAGCACUAGCAUUAUAAUAAAGUGAGUUUUUAUAGUAGGGUUGAAACUUGGGGUUAAUAUAUAUUUUUUUAUUUUUUAUUUUUUUUAUUUUAUUUUUUAUUUUAUUUAGAAUCGUACAAAUCAGUUUGUAUUGUUUUUGGUGAAGAUGUAUAUAACGAAUAUAAAAUCGCUCUUCAUUUCUUUAUAUAUAUCAGGAAUAGCGAGUUGUGUAAUGAAGCCUGUGAUGGCUGAACUGAACCAAAGAAAUGAUAAGUAUUAUAUUAGUUCAACGGUCACA